UAGUGAUUAAAAAUUGGAAAUUGUUUACACUUUACGUAAAUGCUUCUUCCUUUAAAAGAGUAUGUUCGAACCAACAAAAAUUGGAGGUUAAGGAUUAUUGUGAAAUUUGAAAUCGUUAAUUAUGCGGUUGUGACGGUUAUGACCCUGACGCGUUCAAACGUGCUCCAGAAAAAGUGCAACAGUGUGUUACUUAAAUCAAGUUUGAUAAAUUAUCUCUCCAAGAGAAAAAUGUCAUGAUCCGAAGUUGAUUGGGCAUUUGCUAAGGAAGAGGUUCUCGGACAUUCCUUUCCUGGAGAUCAAAUUUUGAGAAAAGGGCUAUCAUGCCCAAGAAGAUGCUAUUGCUACUUAACUCAAACAAUGGUCGAUUUGAAGAAAAAAAACUAGCUGAACAAGCCAGAACAUUGGAAAAGCUUGAGAAUAGCCAGAUUGGUACAAAGUGCAGUGUGACCUUGUCUAAGAGUGAAGAGGAACUUUUUGGUAGAUUGGGUAAAACUGACGCAAAUGUUUAUUCUGAUUUGAUUCAUGAGAUUAGAGCUCAGAAGCUGCAUCUCGACAAUAUAUUGAAUUGUUGGUCGGAAUUUGCUGAGACGGUCACAGAAUUCUCGUCAGUAGAAACAGAUAUUCGAAACCAAUCUUAUUUGGAGUCCGAGGACCGGGAUCAUGCGAUAAGGGAGGACAGAAGGAUGAAAGAAAAGACACUCCACAAAGAACGACUGAUAGACAGAGCAGCUUUACAACUCGCAUUAAAGCGGAUAAUGGGAAUAAUGGGUGUACCGGAAGCAACGGAAAUUCAGAAGACGUCUAGCUUGUCAAAGAAGGGAAAUACAGUAUCUCGAAUCAAUGAGCCCAGAAUAAAGGAUUCGUCUGAAUUUACAAUGUAUUCCCGGGGCGUUCCAACGUAUGUAAAUUCCACUUUGGGGAAAAAUGAAAUAAUGUCAGCGUCAAAUUGCAAAGAAUGUAGUUUGGAGAGACUUGCAUCAAUUUCAAGCGAUUCUCGAGAAACUGAGCUUUGGAAAGGAAAAGAAGAUUCGAAUCUAGAAGCUGAGAAAAAGACGCAACCCCCUAAUGGAUGCGAAUGCAAUUCGAGAUUUCCUUCGAAUCUUUUCCGAGACUCGAUCUCCGUUCAAAUCGAGAAUACACGAGACACAGACUUGAGAAAAGCUUCCUGGUGGCAGCGGAGCAAAAAUAAAAUUAGGAAAAACAAGGCGGGCUUGUUCAGUAAAAAGACCGCAGGGGAUGCAUACGGAAACGCUAUUUUCAAAUAACUUUUUUAUUUUUCCUUGUUUCUAACCCCUCAGAUAUGAAGAAAGUUUGAUGCAGUCUUUUGAAAGAAUUGUUUUCCGUAACUUUAAUAAAACU